GGAAGGGCGGGGCCUGCGGGGGGUGGAGCCUGAGGGGGCGGGCCACACCUCCCGGCCAGUUUAAAAGACUGGUGCAGGGGCGGGCGCGGAGCAGAGCGAGCUGCGGCCGUGGCAGCUGCACGGCUCCCGGCCCCGGAGCAUGCGCGAGAGCCGCCCCGGAGCCCCCCGCCGCCCCGCCCGCGGCGCCCCGCGCCCCGCCGCCAGCGCACCCCCGGACGCUAUGGCCCACCCCUCCGGCUGGCCCCGCGUGUAGGAUGGUAGCACACAACCAGGUGGCAGCCGACAAUGCAAUCUCCACGGCAGCAGAGUCCCGACGGCGGCCAGAGCCUUCCUCGUCUUCGUCCUCGCCCUCGUCCUCGGCGGCGCCCGCGGCCCCCGCGCGCCCGCGGCCCUGCCCGGCGGCCCCGGCUCCGGCCCCCGGCGACACGCACUUCCGCACGUUCCGCUCGCACGCCGAGUACCGGCGCAUCACCCGGGCCAGCGCGCUCCUCGACGCCUGCGGCUUCUACUGGGGGCCCCUGAGCGUGCACGGGGCGCACGAGCGGCUGCGCGCCGAGCCCGUGGGCACCUUCCUGGUGCGCGACAGCCGCCAGCGGAACUGCUUCUUCGCUCUCAGCGUGAAGAUGGCCUCGGGCCCCACGAGCAUCCGCGUGCACUUCCAGGCCGGCCGCUUCCACCUGGACGGCAGCCGCGAGAGCUUCGACUGCCUCUUCGAGCUGCUGGAGCACUACGUGGCGGCGCCGCGCCGCAUGCUCGGGGCCCCGCUGCGCCAGCGCCGCGUGCGGCCGCUGCAGGAGCUGUGUCGCCAGCGCAUCGUGGCCACCGUGGGCCGCGAGAACCUGGCGCGCAUCCCCCUCAACCCCGUCCUCCGCGACUACUUGAGCUCUUUCCCCUUCCAGAUCUGACCGGCCGCGCACGCAGCAUUAACUCGGCCGUCUUGUUACUAUUUUGUAUUAUUAAUUAUUAUUUCCCUGGAACCACGUGGGUGCCCUCCCCACCUGGGUUGGAGGGAGCGGGGCGUGGGGGCGAGGCGCGUCCCCCUCGCCGCUGGAGACGAGGCCGCAGACCCCUCCCCAUCUCUUGGGGGGGUGCCCCCCCUCCUGGUGCUCCCUCUGGGUCCCCCUGGUUGUUGUAGCAGCUUAACUUAACUCUAUCUGGGGCCAGGACCUGAAUUUGUACCUCCUACCUCUUCAUGUUUACAUAUACCCAGUAUCUUUGCACAAACCAGGGGUUGGGGGAGGGUCUCUGGCUUUAUUUUUCUGCUGUGCAGAAUCCUAUUUUAUAUUUUUUACAACCAGUUUAGGUAAUAAACUUUGUUAUGAAAGUUUUUUUUUUUUAAGAAAAAAAAAAA